GGAGCGAUAAAGAUAGAAGAACGCAGUAGCGUUGGUACGUGCUCCGCGAACGCGCCCUAUGUCCAUGGGUAACAUAUAAACAAAUGCGUUUAUGUACUAUCACGUGUAUGAAAAAAAAUUAAUAAGGAUAAACGGAUAAUUUCCCUCAUUGCUAAGAAGAUGAAGCAAUUAUCAGAAGAAAGAACAAAAUUAGUAUUUGAGAAGCUAACUAAAUACAUUGGAAGUAAUGUGAAAAAUUUAAUAGAUCGACCAGAUGGCAUAUACUGCUUUCGAGAGAAAAAGGAUAGAGUCUAUUAUGUUUCAGAGAAGAUUUUGUUAUUUGCAAAUACUGUAGGAUCUGAACAUCUAUUAAGUCUAGGCACCUGCUUUGGCAAAUUCACAAAAUCAGGAAAGUUUCAACUUCAUGUUACAGCUUUACAUUAUUUAGCACCUUAUGCUCAACAUAAAAUUUGGCUGAAACCUUCAGCAGAGCAACAAUUCUUAUAUGGCCACCAUGUUAUGAAAUCAGGUCUUGCUCGUAUAACAGAAGGUACUUCUCAGUAUCAGAGUGUUGUUGUAUUUUCCAUGAAUAAUUUGCCAUUGGGAUUUGGUGUAGCUGCAAAAGGUACAGUUAAUUGCAAACAUGCAGAUCCUAUGGCGACAGUUUGCUUCCAUCAAGCAGACAUUGGAGAAUAUAUUCGUUCCGAAGAUACAUUGCUAUAAUGAAAAUUUGUUUUAACUUUAAAGAAUAUGCAUAUAGAUAUCAAAUUGUUGUACAAUAAACUUAAUUUUUUGUAAGUUUAA